UAAUCGAAGCGCAUUCGAGAAUUGAGCUAGAAAUAUUUGUAAUUCAGUUUGAAAAAUGUUUAAAUUAGUGAGAAACGAUAGACUUAUUCGUGAAUUUUUAUAAAAUAAAACGUAGUGUGCGGUGAUAACAUCUCAGUAGUUGCGUAUGUCUGUUUUUCUACUGCUUAUAGGUACAAUAUUUAUGUACAUUCAUUCAUGAAGUCGCAACGAUCCGUUCCUUCGUAUGGUCCAUGUUCUUAAGAUUAUUUGAAAUCUAUAUUCGUCAUUAAAAGAACGUCGAGAAUCGUGUAAAAUGGACGAUUACUGCCGAUUAUGUAUGGCUGAGGAAGAUUUGAAGAAGAUGGACAGUGAAGUACUUCAUUGUAUAAAGACCGAACUGUUCAUUGAAAUUGAAGACAACAUAUUCAGCAGAGAUAUCUGCGAUCAAUGCUUCAAGUUUAUAUCAAAAUGUAUAAGUUUUCGUGAAGAAAUAAAUCAUUUCAAAGAGAAAGUUAAUAGAGUUCAAAACCUAUUGCUGAAAAUCGUCAAACGAAAUGUUACGGAUGAUAAUGUAUCGAAUCAAUCUACUAAUAUCUCUCAGCCGCAGACAACUGUCAAACGAAAAGAUGUUAAGAAUGCAGAUGUAUCUACCCGUACACAGUCUGUCGCUCAUCGUAUAAUAGAAGAGCCCGUGGAAGAGAAAUCUUGCCUCGCUCCAGCUCAAACAGAAAUUGAAAAUUUAACGGAUACGAACGUGGAAAAAGAAUUGAUUUCAAAAAUAAUUAAAUCAAUCAAUAUAAAUGAAGUAGAACAAGUGGCUUCACAAAUCCGAUUCAACGGCGAGAACUUUUGCAAUAUUUGCAAAAGAAAAAUGGCGGAUCGCCCAAAAUUUAUGAAACAUGUGGAGUCCAAUUCGCAUAAAUUCAAAUCUUACAUCGUUUCGAAAUGCGGAGAUGAAAAUAUUUUCGAAAAAUACUUAAUAGGUUACAAAUGUCAAAGUUGCGUCGAAACAUUUACGAGUAAAACAAUAAUGGCACAACAUUCGAAAAACGAGCAUAAAGUUGCUCUGAAUAAAAACAAAAUUAAACCGAAUACGCUGAUUUUGAAAACGAAAAACAACGAACACGAACCAGAAUGUAACGUACAGAUUAAACAAGAACCCGAUGCUGAAAAUCCAAUGAAGAGAAAGCCCUGCAAAUUUUGUAAUAAAACUUUCGGAUUCGUGGAAAGUUUGUCGAGGCAUAUGAAAAAACACCACGGGACAUAUUUAUGUCCAGAUUGUGGCUUCACCUCGAUCAGCAAUAGGAACUUCUGUGUGCAUCUACGGGAAGAAAAACAAUUAACACGCUUUCAGAAAUUGUGUUCGAUCUGUUUUAAAGUAUGCGACUCCAGGGUUGAUUUAUCGCAACAUAGGAAGCAGUUUCACGUUGGAAAGCAAAUUCUCCUGAAGAAACAUAAAAGAGAUAUGCAUAGAACGCAAAAUGUUGAACCCAAAAAAGUGCUCAAAUGUCGAAAGUGUAAUCGUGGGUUUAUGUCUGUACUGGUGUUAGAGAAACACCAGUGCAAGGCUUUGAAAUAUCCGUGUUUGAAAAAUUGCGGUAGAAGAUUCGAAACCUACUCUCAAAUGGAGAGACAUUCGGUGAAAUGUAAUGCAGGAAAGACAAUUUAUUCCUGCAAAAAUUGCAAAAAAAACUUGAAAACAUUGCAAAGCUUAAAAAGCCACGUGAUAAGAUGUUCAGCGAUUUCAUCUACGCCUUCAGCCAGCACUGAAAACGAACAAACGGUAAAAAUCGCCGAAAGUUGUUCGCCUUCGCCAAUACAGCACGAUAAAAUGCCAACGCUGACAAACAUGAAUGCUUUUUUAUGCACAAAAUGUAAUCAAGCAAUUUUAAUCGACGACUUGAAAGAUCAUGUCGGUACAUGUUCUCAAGUAAAACCAAUUGAGGAAAAAAAUACCGAACUCGAAUCCCAUUUAAUUAAACAAAAGACGACUGUAAAGCAGAAAUCAUCGAUACGAAAACAACGAAAACUAAAUAGAAAAGAUGAAAAAAUCAAAUUGAAAUUUGUAGCCGAAGAAAAAUUUUCAACACCUAAUCGGAGUAUGGCAUGUAAGUUUUGCCGGCUAGUGUUUCAAAAUAAUAAAUUUUUAAAUCAACACGAGUUAAUAGCUCAUCAUACGUUAGCUGACAAAGUCGCUGAAAAUUUAACGAAAAAUCUUGGUCAAAAUAUCGCGCCUUCCGCUUCGUCAGACCAAACAGCAUUGACAGAAGAAGAAUCGAAGAAGUCAAAUGAUCAACAGUCGAUCGAAAAUCGCUUUCGUCGUUCUGAACUAUUACAAAUGGACAAUGAAAAAGCUGCCGAUUCUUCCAACAGGAAAAUUUCAUGGAAAAACAACUCGGUAACUCUACCUCAGCAAUCCUCCCUGGAAAAUAGCUCAAGUUGGAUUCCUACGACUCCACCGAGCAGAGAAACAUCUAAAAUAAACGAACAGCGAAUCACACCGGCUUCGUGCAGUCGAACGACGGCAUCACUGAAAUCCUCGACAGAAAAAGGCCAAAACCUGACUUAUGGACCUGAAACUUCGUUAAAAUCUAUUACUCCGCAAAGAAUAGAAAUUUCUUCGCGUAAUGAACUCUCGACGAGGGACACACCUGCUUCGUAUGAGAAACGUAGGUUCUCACAAACAUCGAUUCCUCGGUCCUCGACAAGAUGGGAUGUUGUUCACAGAACGUCAAAUCGAAAUUAUUACGAACCGCGUCAAAAACCCUACGUGGAGCAAGACAGAAAUCGCCAGAGAACACAGUUCUCUCGAGAAUCGGGCCAUUCAAAGAGAAAUUAUGAUCAACGUAAUAUAACGUUAUCAACUAAAUCCUCGAAUAGUACAGGACCCUCGCAAGUGUGCAAAAUUUGUCGAAAUCCUAAAUUUCAUCUUUUUUGUAUUCCGUGUAUGAGAUGUUAUACAGAUAAUGAAUCCCAGUAUUUAAACCAUAUGAAGAUGAAACACGCGUAGUAGGUGUUUGAAAAACGAGUGAGAUCAGUUUUAUUUUCAACGUACGUUUUUGAAAAA